UUCAUCCAUUCAUUCCUCCCAUGUCAUGACUUUGUUUUAAAAGGAAGAACUUCUCACCCUUUCGAUCAUGUAUUGCAUUACUGUCUGCUUGUGUGUAUGAUUAUAUAACGUCAGAUCUACACAUGCGGUUAAGCCUCCACUCUGAAGUUCAUACGCGCUGCAUACGAUCAUCAAAUCUGACAAAGCAAUUUCUUAUCUUAAGGCACUCCAAGGCUGUUGAAUAAGAUGUUGGCAUGGUUAGGGUCUAUUAACACUAAUGAAGAACAGAAAAUGGAGGGUUGAUAUAACAUAAAGAACAUACAACAAUUUCAUCCUUCACAAACACAUCACCAAACAUGGCUCCUGGAAACGUAGCAGUGAUCGUAGGAGCAUCCAAAGGGAUCGGUCUGGAAUUGGCCAGAAUUUACCUUUCUCAAACAAACUUACAAUUAGUAGCACUUUCAAGAAAUGCAGAACAAGCAAGAAAGAACAUCUUGGAUACUUCAUCAUCUUCCCCUUUGAAGGUCUUGUUUGAUAAACAAAAAAAGGGCGGAAAUGGCGAUGCUGCUAAACCACAUGCUCAACAAAUGGACGCUUCCGAAUUAAGUCACCUUGACAGCUCAAGAUUAACAACGAUUGAUAUCGAUAUCAAAAAGGAAGAUAGCAUUCGUAGCGCAAGUGAAGAUGUACGUAAAAAGUUUGGCGAUGAUUCUUUACGAUUUUUGUUCAACGUUGCAGGUGUGUUGAACGUUGAAAAGAAUGUAGGUCAAGUGGAAUAUGAAGAAAUGUUGCAACAAUUUCAAAUCAACACUUUUGCUCCUCUUUUAACUUCUAAACAUUUCGUUCCUCUCUUUGCCAAAAAACUUAAAGCAAACGGUGAUGAUGAUCUUUCACAAGGUCUUUUGCCUCAUAACCUUGGCGUUGUUGCCAAUAUGAGCGCUCGUGUCGGAAGUAUUGCCGAGAAUGAAAAAGGUGGUUGGUACAGUUAUCGAUCAUCCAAAGCUGCACAAAAUCAAAUCACAAGAUCGUUAGCACACGAAUUUUUAAUGAAAAAGACUCCCGCUUUGUGUGUAGGAUUGCAUCCUGGAACCGUUCGAACUGGUCUUUCGGAAGCAUUCACCGGUGGACCAGGCGGAAAGAAGAAACCUGGAUCAGCCCAACAAGAAACAGACGAACAACGUUGGGCCCGUGGUGAAUUUGAAGCGGAUGAAGCAGCUGCCAAUUUGUCACAAGUUAUCGCUCAACUCAAACAAGAACAAUCCGGUUUGAUUUGGGAUUAUAAAGGAGAUCAAGUCCCUUAUUAAAAGCCAUUGACUGUAAAGAACAUAUGAAUUAGCAUAACAAAAAAUCAAAUAUAAUGAAACAUAAGAA